AAGCGAGAAAUACAAGUAACGAGAACAAAUUCAUAAUAAAUAUUUAUAAAUAUAAAGUAUGAGUCUACCGGAAAGAGAGAGCUAGCUUUCGUCGUCGUCUGAGGCAAAUAGCCAGAUAUCGGUUGUCAGCGUCUGCAAUCGGACGAAGCAACUGCUGAGAACGGAGUGUUCUUCUCACAUGAGUUCAACAGUUUCAACAUCUAGAGGAAUACUUCCUCCAACAAGGGUUGGUACAUAUGAAUCCCCAGAAAGAGGGCCUACAGGCUCUUUUAACCAACUUGAACCAGAGAUGAAUGACAAUGAUGAGACAGAAUUACUUUCAGUAUCCUGGAACCAGGAUUAUGGUUGCUUUGCUGCUGGGACAAGCCAUGGUUUUCGCAUAUACAACUGUGACCCUUUCAAGGAAACUUUCAGACGUGAUCUAAAAAGUGGUGGAUUUAAGAUUGUUGAGAUGCUAUUUCGUUGCAACAUUCUUGCACUUGUUGGUGGAGGAGCUAAUGCCCAGUAUCCUCCUAAUAAAGUUGUAAUUUGGGAUGAUCAUCAAAGCCGCUGCAUUGGUGAGUUUGCAUUUAGGUCUGACGUUCGUGCAGUGAAAUUAAGGCAAGAUCGCAUUGUGGUUGUUCUAGAGCACAAGAUAUAUGUUUACAACUUUAUGGAUCUGAAACUGCUUCACCAGAUUGAGACUCUGGCAAAUCCAAGAGGACUAUGUUGCUUGUCACAUCAUUCAAAUACAUCUGUGUUGGUGUGCCCAGGCCUUCAACGAGGGCAUGUUCGGAUUGAACACUUUGGGUUGAAUAUGACUAAGUUAAUUAACGCUCAUGAUUCUCAUAUUGCAUGCUUUACAAUAACAAUGGAUGGUCUGCUUCUUGCUACUGCUAGUGCAAAGGGUACUUUGAUUAGAAUCUUCAACACUAUGGAUGGAACUCGUUUACAAGAGGUACGUAGGGGGGUGGACAGGGCAGAAAUUUAUGGCAUUACUCUCUCCCCAAAUGUCCAGUGGCUGGCGACAUCAAGUGACAAAGGUACUGUACACAUAUUCCGCCUGAGAGUUCGAGUUAUUGGGGAGGAUUCAUAUGCUAAUUCAAGUGGCCCCCAAGCACCACAACUGGAUCACCAGAAUUCUUCAACUUCCCUUGAUUCUCUUAUUUCGUCAAACUCUGGUGCCAAUCCCAGUUCAUCGCUGUCUUUUAUGAGAGGGGUCUUACCAAAAUAUUUUAGCUCUGAAUGGUCAUUUGCUCGGUUCCACUUACCAGAAGACACUCAAUUCAUUGCAGCAUUUGGAUCUCAGAAUACUGUCAUCAUUGUUGGCAUGGAUGGAAGUUUCUAUCGGUGCAGUUUUGAUCCUGUAAAUGGGGGGGAUAUGUUGCAGCAAGAACACAUUAGAUUUCUGAGGACUGACAGUAGACCCAGAUAGACAUGUUCCCAAAACUGCGUGGCCUCAGUAUUUCUCCUUUGUAUAUAUAUAAAAUUUGACUUGAAAGUGUAAAUAAUUGUAAAGAUUACACUUUCUUCUCACUAUCAGUACCGCUUUUCAAUUUACAUGAAGGGUUGUCCUUCCCACGCAAAUUAUUUUGCGGCCUUGUUGUUAUCAUCAUUUUGUAUAAAAAAACUAAAAAUGUAAUAAAAUUCAAACUGAACAAUAUAUAUCAAUGUAUUGUAAAUGCUUUCAGACUUUA